AUGAAGAGUCAUAAAACAACGACCCUCUUCCGAUCUCCAAAGAGCGACAAAGGAAGGUUUACUCUUUUGUGUCAAGAACUUCGUGAAGCUUUUGAGGCAGAAGCAAAGGCCACUGGGAAAGAACGACUUCUUCUCACUGCUGCUGUUGCAGCUGGACUUUGGACAAUCAAAGGAGCGUACGACAUUGAAGGUAUUUCUAAGCCACUAGACUGGAUCAACGUCAUGACGUAUGACCUUCAUGGUACCUGGGAAUCCAAAACUGGUCAUCACACAGCCAUGGGACCAGAGGGUGAUAAGCUUACAUUACCAUUCGCCAUCUGGUACUGGAUGAAUAACAGAGACACAUGGGAGAAACCUGGAAUCCGUAAUGGUAUGCCUGCCAACAAGAUUGUUCUUGGCCUUGGUACAUAUGGGCGUGCCUUUGGACUUGCAAACCCAGCAAAUAACGGAUUAGACGCAGCUCGUGACUAUACAUUCACCCCCAAAGGUAAAUACACAGGAGCGGAGGGCUUCCUGGCUUAUUUUGAAAUCUGUAAGCUUGGGCUUACCGUGGUUCAUAAGAACAAAGCAAUGGCACCCUAUGGCUACAAAGGAAAGACAUGGGUUGGCUACGACGAUCCUGCAAGUCUUAUCUACAAGAUUGAUAACAUUGUGAAAAAGAACCAGCUACGUGGUGUGAUGUACUGGGCGAUUGACUUGGAUGACUUCAGUGGAGCCCACUGUGGGCAAGGCAAGUAUCCUCUUAUGAGCGCUGUAAAGAAAUAUCUGACAUCCGGUGUACAGCCAACCUUCCCUGUAACACAGCCACCCUUACCAGGCUCUACAGCAGCACCUCCAGUUGUAACGACUCAAGCCCCACAGCCAACUACUCCUGGGGGUGGAGGAGGUGGUAGUGGAGGAUGCAAAGCCAUUGGUGCCUGGGCUGGAAAUGCUAACAUGGACGCCUGGUGCGUGUCAAACUGUGCUGUUGGUAACUGUCCAGCCAGCAUGUGCAAAUGUUAACCACACUAACUAUUUGUAACUUAUCGUUGAUGAAACAUUGUGAAAUAAAUGAGAGAAAAAAAUAAAAUGAUUAUUAUUGUUAUA